CCGCCCCCUCCGCCCCGGCGGCGCGGCGAAGCCGGCCGAGGGGGCGGGGUCUCGGCGCCUCCUCCAUCCUGGGGCCCGCACCGAAGGGAUGUUCCCUGCUCAGGAGGAGGCCGACAGGACGGUGUUUGUGGGCAAUUUAGAGGCCCGCGUGCGGGAGGAGAUUCUUUACGAGCUGUUCCUUCAGGCUGGGCCACUAACCAAAGUGACUAUAUGCAAAGACAGAGAAGGAAAGCCGAAGUCUUUUGGAUUUGUCUGCUUUAAACACCCAGAAUCAGUGUCUUAUGCCAUAGCUUUGCUGAAUGGAAUUCGUUUAUAUGGAAGACCAAUUAAUGUGCAAUAUCGAUUUGGAAGUUCACGCUCUUCUGAACCAGCUAACCAAAGUUUUGAGAACUGUGUUAAGAUAAAUUCACAUAGCUACAGGAAUGAAGAAAUGAUGGGCAGAUCAUCCUUUCCCAUGCAAUUUUUUCCAAUUAAUAAUGCUGCUGUGCCUCAAGAAUCCUUUUACUUUCAGAAGAUGCAAUGGUUCACACAUAAUCCAGUGCCACAGCUUCCUUACUAUGAGAUGACAGCUCCACUUCCAAGCAGCGCGCCCGUGUCUUCCUCACUCAAUCAUGUUCCAGACCUGGAGGCUGGCCCCAGCUCUUACGAAUGGACUCACCAGCAACCAAGUGACUCUGACCUCUAUCAGCUGAGUAAACGAAAGAGGCAAAAACCACCCAGUGACAGUGACAGCAGCUCAGAAAACAAUAGAGGAAAUGAAUACAGCCAGAAGUUCCGGAAGUGUAAGAAGAAGAAAAAAUAUUAGCAUGACCUUCGAAUGAAAUGUGUCUGCCCUCAUUUUAAUUCUCUUACAAAAACUGUAUUCUAUCCAAUAACCAGUUUCAUGACUGGCUUGUCAUUUUUGAAAUAUAUAACAAUAUGAUAUAUCUGACUAUUUUCCUUGAAUGACAGAAGCUUUGUAAAGGCAAUGUAAUGUAUUACUUUUUUCUAUUUGUUGUGAUAUUUUUGACCCAUUAUCAACUAGGAAUGCACUUCAUGGAAUUUUUAGAAUUAAUUAUGAAAGUCUAUAAACUGUUCUUCAAAAGAUGUUUAUUAUACAUUUGCGAACCAGGAACCAUCCUCCCUAAAUUAUCAUCUAAAAUGCUCAGCUACAGAUACAUUGAGAUUAGUUAUGGAGCAGUGGAUUUUCUGAAAGAAAUUUGUGCAGAUAUUUAAAAGUUAUGUGUUGUUACUAUUAGAGACGGAAUAAGCAGACUUUGUUAAAUUUUUAUGUCUAAAUAUGUUGGUUCUGGGCCUUUCUCUCCUACAGUUUUAUUUCAUAAAACUAGGACUUAGGACUAUAAUACCAAAGGAAAGAUAAUUAUCAUAGAACUAGCUUUUAGGUCAUUUCCCUUCCAUGUGAUUUUAUAUACACAGGGCUACCUGCGUCUUCUUACUUAUUAAUUGUAUAUCAUGAAUAUUAGUUGUGUUGUAUUUAUGCUCAACUCUUUUGCAAGGAGAGUUUGAGAGAAUAUAUUUAACAAUUUAACUUGAUAGUGAACAGGUAAAUGGAAUAAUAUGAUAUUUCAUUAAUGUAUGAUAUUUAAUAACUGUUGUUCAUAUCAAGUUCCCAAUUUUGGUGCAUUUAUUUUAGAAGAUAAAUAGACUACAUAUAAAAUUAGUCAUUUUCAAUAAUUUUAUAGUUAUACAUAAAUAUUUAUAUAAAUAAUUAUGCCAAUUGAAAGAGUCAUGACGUGAACCAUGUCUAUAGGAAAAACAAUGGUUGAAUAUUUCUUUGCAUGUUGCAUAGUACUUUUUAAGUAUUUAUUAUGUACAAGAAUAGAGAUACAUUUUAACAAACAGAAUAACUGAAUUCUUGAUUAUAAAAAUACAAACUAGUGGUUUUAAAGCAAAUAUUAGUCUAUUUCCAUCUAAUCUUAAUGACAAGCUAAAAUCUGCAUUAUGUAACUUUAUCUUUUCAUGUUCAGAUAUUCAAAUCCAAAAAGAUGAAGGUUUUUCUUUCUAAAUUCACAUCUUUGCAAUUUAGAAUGAUGUUAAAGAGAAAAAUAUGUUGCUGUCUAAUUAGAAAGUAAUAUAUCUUUGAACACAUUAACUUUAUCAGCAUUUUCUUUAAUUCUUGCACUGUUUACCUUAUCCUUAAAUGAUUUCAUUGUGAUUCAUACAGGAAAUGUGUAUAUGUCUCUAACAAUCAAGAAUAGCUUAAGUUUGUAAGGAAAUUAUCUUGAAAUAGUAUUACAUGAACUACAGUACAAUGUAAAAACUACAGAACAUAUUUAUUAUUCUUUCCAUCACUUCCAGCUGAUCUUUAACAAGUAAACCAACUAGAAGGCUUAGAAAUUCACCUGUUUAAGUAUGUCAUUCAUACUUAAAAAUUUAAAACUUCUCUCAGGCUGUUUGUAUCUACCACAGUCUAGCAUAAUUUUCAGUUUUUUGUUUUUCCUGUGCUACAUAUUUAAAAAUCAUUAAAACUUUUUGUCUUUGA